GCGAGUCACGUGACAGUGGAGCAACGGAAGAAGCGCCGACCUCCUGUGUGGGGCCCCGCCAUUCUCUCUCCGCUGUUGCCAUGCCUGAUCACGGACGGCGAACUCUGCACCGAGUGUGUGACUCGGUAAGCGGCGUCAACUGGCGCCCGACGCGGUUCGUCGACGAGUUGAUGCUGACUCGUUACGCCUGCUGCGUGUGCCACGUGAUUCCGAGCACGACGGUUGUACUGCCCUGUUGUCACGCCCUGUGCGAGCAGUGCCAGCGAGGCUCCGUCGUUCAAGAUGGCGGAUGCGUCUGCCCCCUGGACGGAGAACCCUUCAGCGAGGACGAGUGCCAGAAGCAGCAGCUUCCGGAGAGAAAGAAGCAGAACCUGAAGCUUCCUGUUCCUGGCCGUGCUGUUGGUGAAUGCUCUGAACGUGCUACUGGACGGGCUGUGCAGCAUCCUCUGGUGCCAUCUGCUGGCGUUGGGAGCCAACUUGCCGACGCCCGUGCCGCAUUCGAGCUUGUGCACCUGCACACUAGUCGCCGCCCUCAUGGCGCUGAAGAUGAUCCACCACGUGAUGCAUCCCGGCUGCGUCUAUCGCAUGGCGUCGGUGCCAGUCUACGUGCCCUUCUGGACCGGCGUGCUGCUCGAACUUACGGUGCAGAACGUUGCGAGUGCUUCGGCCGCUUACGUCUUCGGCCCCAUCGUGGGCAUUCUCCUGGGCAUUGCAGUCGCAUACGCCUGGAUAGAGUGCCUUAGCAAACUGACUGUCAGAUUAGCGGGCCUCUCGGACAUUGGCAUACUCCUACGUGGCACUUACCUGUCACCUGCAAACCUCCUACUCAUGCUGAGACGCUAACGCACUUCCUUUGUGCGCUACAGUGCGCAUAUCAUCCUGAAAUUAAAUACGAAGCAGUUACAAAAUCGAAAGUAUCUUUCUACAGAGCGUUGUGUUCCUAAGCAACAUUCCUAAUAUCAGCUAACCAGCCAAGAGAUUUGCGGGCUACGAAGAUGGAGUGGGCUUCGGAGGGAAGAGAAAGGAUUACUGGCAAUAUUAUGUAUAUAGAAUAUAAUCGACUUAAUGGGGGGAGAAAUGUACAUUCAUAGAAUUAGCUUCUUCUUAUUCGUGAUCAGCUCCCUUUUAUAGGGAGUGAUUAUCGGGAACAAUAUUUACCUUUCUUAUGUGGUUAUGGGGGCAAUAUGGUUUAUAAUAACUUACCUACAGAAUGGUAUAAGUUAGCGCAAUAAAGCAGUAAAACAUUUGCAUAUACUCUCAUUGUUAUCCCAAAGCACACGUACCUCUUUUAAUCGAAUGUGUGAGUGAGUGGAAUUGAUCGUGAAUGACAUGAAAGAGAAAAUCAACCUACAUUUGACUGUGGCACGAAGCUAAAUAAAAGGUGGCGUUGGCAUAAAACUUUUCAGCUGAAAAAAAAUUGCCCCUGCUGUGGGGAUCGAACCCGAGUACCAGGAGGCUCAGGAAAAAAAAGCAAACAUUUGGUUUCUCGGAAACCAUCAUUGAGGCUCCUUUUUUUUAGCCAUUUGGUACAGUCAAAUGGAGGAUUGUUUUUUUUCCUGGACCUUCUUUUACUUUGCAGGCUUCCACAGAAUGGAAUUCGGAGACAAUACGCCGUAUAGGAGCUAGUACAACCGUUUCUUCAUUCGUUGGUUAUUCCGCAACAAAAACAAUUGCAACACGUUCUAAGCGGGAGCAGCACUUAGUUCUUUGUUCUGUAGGUGCAUAUUCAUGCUAUACACAUCAAAGUUGGGCUCUAAUGGCGCCUUAGACAGGAUGAGGCAAAAUAGUGUCAUGUGACUUCUCUCUAGUGACACGCAUGCGAGCUCUGAUGGUGGAAUAUAUUGAAUUGCGUAAUAUCGUCGUGCGAUAGCCAAUAUAGCCGGAUUUCUGCAGAAGAAAGCGCCCUCAAGUAUUAAGAAGAGCGCCAAAGACACCCCUGAUAAAUACGGACCGCAAUCAGAAGCAUACUGAGAAGUGGCGUCAAUUUUGAUGUCUUUAGAACGAAAUUUCUAAUUUUGACGAUCAACCAUUGCGUCAUGCGGACCAUCUCGAAAUACAGCGAAAUGGGACGGCACAAAUGGCUAAUCAGCAGAAUACACAUCUUGCUGACUCUUACAGCAGCUGUCCCACUUGUGAACCACGUUUCCGAAGCGUGAAAAUAUUAGGGAAGAGCAAGCUAAAAACCCCUAAAACAAACUGAAAACUAAGAACCGUGAAACGCCAGAGGCAUUUCUUUAUCAGAAAGGUCAGUCAGGAUUGUGUAAGCGAAAUAUCGAUGGCACUGAACAAUGCAGAAAUGAAAUUCCUUUCGCACUUGGUUUAAUUACUUCCUGUUCGGCGAAUUCCAUUUUUUUUCUUGUAAUGGUGCGUCUGCGCAGCUUGUGCACAUAUAUACCUAUGUGUGUGGCUUCAAUAAAAUCAAUUGUUUGUGCUUGCA